UCGAAGAUCUCACAGCUCAGAUACAAUUGUUUCUCCGUUUGUGUUUAGAGCUCGUGUGUUAUUUCUCCAUCGAUUGAAUAUUUCGAAAAAAAAAACCGAUUUGUGCGCGCAUAAAAUAACAGUUUACUUACGAACAUUUUGAGGCAACCAUUUCUGCAGGUUCAGAAGUAACCUAUUUCAUUGGUCCUCGCCACCUGUCGCCGUCUCGCUCGCUCGCGCACACGUGCUCCGUUUUGUGCCGCACUUACCCCUAAAAAUAUCACGCCCCUAGAACCCAAAAUGGCACCUAAGAAACAUAGUGGUUUCAUGAUGUUCGUGACGGAGUGGAAGGAUCGCAACGCAGAGGGUCGUCGCAUGUCGAUAUCCCAGGCUGUCAGUCAUUGCGGCGGCAUUUGGGAGAAAAUGACCCCCCAGCAGCGCGGCCCUUACAACUCGGGCGCCAAGGACGCCGAUGUGGCGGAACGCUGCAAGAGGGAACGCCUCAAUUGUCAUGGUGUGGCAAUCGGGCAGGUGGACCAGGCCCAACGGGAGGCCGAGGAGAGUGUGAUGCAGAUGAAGCGCACCACCGAACGCAUGGUGAUGGAUGCCAGCAAGGAACAUGAUCUGGAGAACGCCAAGUUCAUCUUUGCCGCCUUCAAUUACUUCGCCAAGGCCCCGACCACCAACGUCUAUCAGCCCGCCGAGUUCGCGGCCUGCGAAUACUCGCUGAAGGAGGGAAUCGGCUUGAUCUACAGCACCGCGAUCGAUCCCGGUCUGGUCAUCUUCGGGCAGGGUGCCGAGGCCCAACACCACAGUUCAACCACGCACAACCUCCCGCUGCAUCCCAAUGCGCUGGGCGAAAGCAAUAUGACCAAGCUGUACAGCAACAUCUUGGAAUACCUGACCAAGUGCCAGGGAGACGACAAGCCUCUCAUCGUGUUUACACCCAAGGAACACAUUACCAUGGUCAAGUCGUGCUUCCUUUACAUGGCCGGCGAGGAUGACUCCAAAAUCCAAGUGUUCGACAUAAGAUAUCUGCUGUUUAUUCUAAAGAAAGAGGUUCGGCACAUCGCCAAUAUUCCUGAUGAGAAUAUCAACAAGUUCGUGACAGACGCCUUUUUCGAUCGGGACUUUUUUGAGUUUACCCCCGAAAUCGCUUGUCAGUUCCACGAAGAAAAUGACCGAACGAAGUAUUGCACGCUAAGUCAGGUCAAGAGGUGGGCUUAUACCUUUAGUGAUUUCAUGUGUGGUGAUCUGGCCAUCACUGUUAUACCCGGGAAACACAUACCACCCAUGACAAAGCCAAACCAUCGCUUCGUCGAAUCGGACGCCUCGUCACUUAUGCAGGAAUCGUCCUUUGACUCUUUCUACUCUCUGCCGUCGCGCGUCAAGAAGGAGCAGCGGGACACCUCUCCUUCGAGCAGCAGGAACUCCGUCUCAUCCAGUUCGUAUGCGCCUACUGACCACACUGCGUUUACCGCAGACCUUAAUGAGGUGGGUGAGUUUCCCAGCCUCGGCGGGCGUAAUAACAGUGGUCGCCGCCCCCUCGCGGAUAAUGCCCCGAAUCAGCGCGAGAGGAGUGCCGGCGCUUGGAAUCUGCCCUCGCAUUCGCGUCCCCUGCAAAAUUUCACCGACGAAGACUUCUCAGUGACCGGCGCUAAAAAAAAGGGCAACAAGUAGUCAAUAUUGGAUUAAGAUUUGUUUUAAAAACAAGGUUUCCUAAAUAUAAACAUAUUGACAAUAAACA